GUUAAGUGGUGUCCAAUCCUUUCAGGUUGUUGGCCCGAGGAAGAACUAAAUAGAUUUAAAUACUGGAGUAGCGUAGUUUUACUUUUUGUGAGUGUUUGUAAAUUUUUUAAUAAGCAAAGUAUAGGGGAGUAUUCCAGUCUAGUAGGUGGCAGUAAUGCAAAAUGUAUUGGUUGCCAACCGCAGUUAAACCCCAUCGAAGAAGAGGACAUGCUGUCAUGGCGCCGAACACAAACACAAAACGACAGUAUGGUGAUAGUUUGUAGCGAACGUUAAAUGCUAGUAAGCCUCGUUUAAACUUAAACUGAUAAAUUACAAUCAAUUUGGGACGCAAGGAACAGGUAGGCAUGUCUGAAAACAAAGCCAUUGAACUCCAACUGCAAAUGCGACAAAAUGCAGAGGACCUGCAUAACUUCAUGAAAGAUCUUGACAGCUGGGAAACUGACAUAAAGAGGAAAGAUGAGCAACUAAGAACUGGGAGCUUUAGCAAGUCUCAAAAAAGCCUCCCACCAGUGCGAAACAAGGACUACAAAAAGAAGAGAGAGAAAAAGAAGGCAUCAGACAACAAUGCAAAGACUGAACCAAAACAAGCACGCAGGAUAAAGUCUCAUGACUAUCAGUUAUGGGACAAAUUUGAUGUGGACAAGGUAUUGGAGUCCAUGGAUAAAGAGGACAGUGCUGCUGAGUCCAAUGACUCUGAGUCUGAGGAUUCUGGGGUUCCUGCAACUGACCAAGACAAGGUGCUUGCUGAGAAGGAGAAAGGCAAUCAGCUGUUCAAAGAAGGGAAGUAUGAGGAUGCCAUUGAGUGUUACACCAGAGGCAUGGGCGCAGACCCUUAUAACCCCGUUCUGCCUACAAACCGAGCUGCCUGCUUCUUCAGACUCAAAAAGUUUGCUGUUGCCGAGUCUGACUGCAACUUGUCCAUCGCUUUGGACAGUAACUACUUCAAAGCAUUUGCACGAAGAGGAGCAUCUCGAUUCGCCCUGCAACAUUAUGAAUCUGCCCUAGAAGAUUAUGUAAUGGUUCUUAAGCUGGAUCCUGGAAACCUGGAGGCACAGAAGGAAGUAAUGCAAUGCAAAGAGGUCAUUGCUAAACUGGGUGGAAAGGCAGAAAGCCCAGAGGCUGCAGUGGUGAUGCUACCUGUGGUGGACGUCAAGCAACAGCAGCUCAUGGAGGAACAGCAGAGGAGACAGGAGGCGGUGGUGCAGAAAGACAGGGGGAAUGCAUACUUCAAAGAGGGGAAGUAUGAGGCUGCAGUAGAGUACUACACCAAGGGCAUGGAAGCGGACAGCACCAACGUCCUCCUGCCUGCCAACCGGGCCAUGGCUUACUUAAAGCUGCAGAGAUAUAAAGAGGCUGAGGAGGACUGUAGUAAAGCAAUAGCCCUGGAUGGCACCUAUUCAAAGGCCUUUGCCCGCAGAGGGACAGCCAGGGCUGCUCUGGGACUGCUCAAACAAGCUAAAGAAGAUUUUGAGGAGGUCCUGAAGCUAGAACCAGGAAACAAGCAGGCAUUUUGUGAGAUGAAGAAGAUUGCAAUUGACAUGGACACCAGUGGUCUGCUGGCAACAGAAGAGCAUGCACAGCGGAGAACAGUACAGCCAAUUAACAAACCACCUGACCUGCAGUCAACCAAGCCAUUGAGUAGAGUGGACAUUGAAGAGGUUUGUGGAAAGAUCCUGGUCCAGGAGGAGUCCUUGGCUGUGUUGACUUCAACCACAGCCCCCCGUGUUAGGCACCAGAAGACCACCUCCAUUGCAGACACUGUGAGAGAGGGUCAGGCCUCACCCCCCUCUACCUCCCCCAGUGCUAAGAUCCCGAAGAUUGAAGAAACAUCAAACCUCCCCUCACAUUCCCCUGUCAAAGGGCCUGUAGGGUAUGCUGUGAGAGCACAGACACAGCAGCACAGGGAGGCAACUGUCAGUGAACCAACAGAACCGCCUGCUACACCAUCAACUGAGCUCGUACCUCCUGCCCCCACCAACAGCUUCCAGCUAGAGGCAGACCUAAGGAAGAUUGGAAAUGGCCCUGAAGUCAUCUACAAGUAUUUGAAGCAAAUCCAGCCUCAGGCUUAUGCAAAGAUCUUCCAGAGCUCUCUUGAACCAGACAUGCUCAAUCAGAUUCUAAGGACGUUACAAAGCUUCUACAUCAAGAAGGAAGAGCCACCUGUCAUACUGGAGAUCCUCAGGAAUCUGGCCGGUGUGAGGCGGUUCGAUAUGGCUGUCAUGUUCAUGUCCAACCCUGAGAAGAAAGGUACCGAUUUGGUUGUUGACCUGGCCCAGUUUGUGAUACAUUAUUUAACCCCAAUGCAAAAUUAUUAUGACAUUGAUAACGGCAAACUUUUUAAUUUUUUUUUAGUUCUACAAGAAUUGUUUAACUUUCUUCGUCAAGCUGGACUUGAGGACGCUUCAGUAGGAGCCCUGCAAAAGAAGUAUGGAGUGUGAUGUGAGUGCAGAACCCUAAAUAAUCACUCACCACCUUCUGGAGACACCUGAAACCCCACCUCUUUAAGGAAUACCUAGGAUAGGAUAAGUAAUCCCUCUCACCCC